UGUACGUUGAACUGAACUUAAUCAUCACUUACAAGUUACCAGCGAGUCGAUUGCCCAGGACGUACUGUCAACCUAACAUCAUGCAGCUUGCAAGCCCUAACCUCGAUGGGUUAUUUCCCUUUGUGACCUUUUUCCUAUCCCUAAUUCAACUGCUGGGCUCUAAUUGGAAAGUCCUUCUACUCUCUUCGUUUCUUAUCUGGUCUGUUACAGUCUUUACACGCCGCGCAAAACAGUCGAAAGAUUCUUCUUCGCUGCUGGUCGAGGGUUCUCCCUCUCCUCGAGUGCCCUUAAAUGGUUCAGACAUCCCUUCAAUAUAUCAUCAUCCAUAUUCGCAAAUAUCUGACAGACCAACUUCAAAGUCGUCUUCGCAAACUCAAAAGAAAGAUCUGAUGGUGAAAGGCGCUCAAAAGCAGGAUCAUCGUGUGAAGCCACCCUACGAUGCCUUCCUCGUUUUGGACGUUGAGGCUACUUGUGAAGAGGGGACCGGCUUUGAGUGGCCUAAUGAAAUCAUAGAGUGGCCUGUUUGUCUCAUGCGCUGGAAGGAUAAAUCGGACCAAGGAAGAGCUUGCCAGCUGGAAAUUGUUGAUGAGUUUAGGAGCUUCGUCAAGCCCACAUGGAGACCUCAACUAUCGCAAUUUUGCACGGAACUUACAGGAAUCACGCAAGUCCAAGUCAACACAGCGCCAACCUUCCAGAAGGUUCUGAAUAUGUUUGCACGUUUUUUGGCCAAUCACGGAUUAAUUGAUCCAAAGAGCGGGAGACCCAUACAACGCUUUUGUUGGUGCAGUGACGGACCUUUCGAUAUAAGGGAUUUCGUCGUGAAGCAAUGUUUUAUAUCGAAGAUACCUAUGCCAUUGUGGCUCAAAGGGGAUAUUCUCGACGUCAGGAAAGUUGUCUCGGUUUGGGCAGUUGCGUCUAGCAACCCGGACACCACAAUCAAGCCUUCGCCACGUUCUCACAUCCGAUCAUUGAACAUACCACAGCAGUUGCAAGUCCUCGGGUUGCCAGCGUUUCAAGGCCGUUUGCACAGCGGUAUUGACGAUACACGGAACAUCGCACGUGUGAUGACUGAGCUUGCUCGUCGUGGAGUCCGUUUGGAACCCAAGACAUCCAUCAAUCCAAAUCGUCGCUGGAAUUGGAUGGGAAAGUCUGGGGUGGUUCUCGAGCACACUCUAAUGUUACAAUGAUAAAAUGUGAUUGCUGUAGGAAUGUUUGUCACCAAUUAUUGAUUUCUAGCACAAUGAGAGUAGUGGUGUAAAGUUUGAAACACAUCUAUUUCUAAAUAAAUAUUUAAAGCGUUCAUUCACCUGCGAGCGAACUAAUAGUGCUAUUUCUGUUUGACCAAGCCGUCUGCGCCAGCAAGUACCUCUCGCGGUCACAGUUAGAAAAAAAAAGAACCUUGAUACGCCGGCUAACUUGGUUCCCGAAAAUACAUGAUUGUGAGAUUUCCCGGAGGCGCAGGCAGAAUGAGCAGUGUGUUGGAUACACAAGGAUGAGAAAUAGGGUGUGGGUGGUCUGGCGUCCGACGCAUCCCACGCCCAAUGCGAGUUGGAAAAUUUA